UUAUGUCAAAUUAAUGUUAAUAUUAUUUUAAGUUUUUGUGGAGUGGAAUAGAGUAGAGUGUAUGUCGUGUGGUUUUUGCCACUUGCCAGGAUUUCACUUUCACAUUGUAUUAUUUUAAAAUAAAAGUAAUUUUUAUAAAAAUAAAAAUAUUGGCUGUCAUUUUACAAAUUUUUAAAUAAAUAUUUUGAUUUUAUCGAAUAAAUUGAAAAGUAAAAUUUGCGCAAAUUUCAUACACUCAUAAUCAUUGGAAAAUGCGAGUCGGUAAAAAGAAAUGCGUCAUUAAAAAAAAAAUGAUGCAAUAUGAUGAAUUUAUGGAAAGAAUAAAAAAAUCCUUUUAUUAUGGUGAUGAAAGUGUAGAAGAAAAUAUAGAAUUAACUAGUCCACUCGCUGAAUAUGCAUCAGAAUUAUUUUCUGAACCACAAAAAGGCAACUCAUUACAAAGAUUAACAAAAUUUUCUGCUGGAAAUGUACGUGUACCGAAUCCAUGCUCUUUAAUAAUGGCUCUCAUAUAUUUAGAUAGGUUAAAUGAAGUUAAUCCUGGAUAUGUAAGGAAUGGAAUAACACCAUCUGAUUUGUUCUUGGUUUCUGUGGUUGUAUCUUCUAAAUUUUGUUAUGAUGAUGAUGAGGACAGUACAUUUUAUUUAGAUGAUUUUCUACAAGAUUGUGAUACAUCUUUGGAACAUUAUAAAAAACUUGAAAUGGAAUUUUUAUGUGCUAUAGAUUGGAACAUAUACAUAUCAAAUGAAAAUUUUCAAAAAAAAUUGGAAACUAUUGAAAAAUUUUUAGCAAAACGUGAAGGUAUACGUCGCGGUUGGUUAACAUACACAGAAUUAUUACAUUUUUUACCAUCAUUUACAUUGGCAAAAUUUUUAUUAAAUAAUAUUACUGUUAUGGCAGUUAGUUAUGUUGCAAGUGUUAUGACAAUGGCUGGUGCUUUCUUUUUAGUUAGCAAUAUACCGGGUAAUGGUUUAUUACAAAUUAAUCGCAAUCAAAUACGUAAUAAAUUAAGCUGUGAAAAUGAUAUUGUAUCACAAUCAACACAAAAAUCUAAUGAUAUUAUUAAUAGUACAACUGGAUCAAAUGAACAACAUAAUAUUAAUGACAAUAAUAUUGGAAAACAAAAUACAAAUAAUAAUAUGGCUGUUGUUAAUCAUUCAUCUGAUAUUAUGAUUGGUAAUAUUAAUAUUAUAAAUAAUAAUGGAUUAAAUAUUGAAAAUGAAUUAAAAAAAUUAGAAGAUGAAUAUAAAUAUGAGAAAAUGUUAGAAUUGAGAAAACAGAAUAAUGAAUAUGAUGGUCCUUUAAUUAAUUUUUAUGAAAAUUAUAUAAUACAAGAUAAAUUAUAUUCAUUGGUAUAUGGUAUGAAUACAAUAAAAGGAACAACAUUUAAUGAUGUACUUAUAAAUUAUCAAGAUUAUCAAGAUAAUAAUAAUAAUAAAAAUAAUAAUAGUAAUGAAGAUGAUAUUAAUGGAAAUGCUAAUUUAAUAAUGAUAUUUGAAAGAUUAAAUGAUAUACGAAAUUAUACAAAAUCAAUAUUUUGGGAUUUAAUAUAUAAUGCUGAGAAAUCUUUUAAGACACCAUUAAUUUGGUUUAAAUUUAUAUAGCAUAAAAAUGAACGUUUUAUACGUUUAUUAUUAUAUAUGAUAUUUUUAUGCGAUUAUUAUAUAUUUUUUUUUAUUCUAUUCACUUAUAACGAGAAAUAAUUUUUUUUAAUUUACAUUCAAAUAAUAAUAUUAAAAUUCUUAUAAAUUUUUAAUCAUAAACAUAAUUCAUUUUUCAUA